AUGAAGCAAUCUCUCUUCUCGCUCGCCUUUCUGGCUAGCUCUGUCAUGAGCUAUGACCAGGUCCUCGGGUUCAACGAAAAAGUCGAGGUCGAGACCAGAAGCCUCGACGAGAUUUACAAAGCUGCCUUGAAGGAGGGAGACACCGUUACGCUCUGGCACGGCGGAGAUGCAGUCAACCAACAAGCUGGCCUGAAGCAAGCCUUCGAGAAGCGUUUCCCCGGAAUCAAGCUAAAUGUCACCGUCGAUCUAUCCAAAUACCAUGACGUCAGAGUUGAUCAGCAACUUGCGGCUGGUGGAAAGUCAGUCUACGUCGAUAGCGUCAUCCUGCAGACCCUGAACGACUAUCCUCGCUGGGCUCAGGAGGGCGCGUUGCUCAACUACGCCCCCAAGGGCUUUGACCAGAUUGACCAUGCGUUCAAGGAUAGCACUGCUUAUUGGUAUGGAGUGUACAUCUUCUUCUGGGCCAAUGCCUGGAACACAGACAAGCUUCGCGGCAUCAAGGCACCUGCCGAGUACACCGAUUGGCUUCGACCGGAGUUCAAGAACAGACUUGUCCUGACUUACCCCAACGACGACGACGCAGUUCUUUACGCCUAUUAUCUUAUCAUGCAAGAGUACGGAGCGUCAUGGUUCGAGGGUCUCCUCAAGCAAAACCCUCGCUGGGUCCGUGGCACAGCAACCCCCGGCGCCAUCAUCAGCCAGAAGAACGCCACCGAAGCUGCCUACUUCGCUGCCGGCGGAGGCUUCGGCGAAUCCAAGCCUAUCAAGUUCUCUCAGCCUACACGCGGCAAAUACGUCUCCUGGUCGCAGUACGCCGGUAUUCUCAAGGACGCUCCUCAUCCUGAGGGAGCCAAGCUUCUGCACAACUUCAUCCUCAGCGAGGAGUACCAGACUGCCAUGGGUACUUGGUCUGUUCGUCGCGACAUCGCCACUCCAGAGGGCUUCCCCGAUCUUCGCAACGAGACUGCCACCAACCCGGCUGAGUUUGCGCGAUUCAUGUCGGACCGCGGGUUGGUUGAGAGACUGCGAUUCUGGUUCGAGGCUCGUAUUGGUACUGCAAAGGGUGUUGAUCCUAUCAAUGACCCUAUCAACCAAGGAUAG